UUUACUGUCACAUUUGCCCAUGAACAAGGGCAUAUUCUCGGCAUGAACCAUGAUGUAGACUCGUGUAAAUGUGAACGUGAAAGCUGCCUUAUGGCUGCCUAUCACUCAAACAGUGAGAAGUUAAGCAACUGCAGUUAUAGAGACUAUUACAAAUUUUUGCAAUCUGGCAGGGUACAGUGCAUGUUUUCUCCUGGAGACCCGGAUAAACAGUAUGAACUCACAUAUUGUGGGAAUAGAGUAGUGGACCGUG